ACCAUCCUAUGUGUAUGCCGGAGCUCCCACACUCGCUUCCCUGAAAAUGAUUUUAGCGCCACUUUCUUCUCCUGCCCUGUGGGCAUUCGUAGCACAUGACUCAUAGCAACGCGCAUGCAGGGGAGCCCGGGAGCAGUCCGACCGCUGAGGGGGUUGAUCAGCAGUGAUCCUUGUUGUCCCCUUGUGCAGAUGAGUGUAAGGGCUCAACAACAAUAACGUGUAACAACAACACAGCCACAGAGACACGGGACUCAGUCUGAUGCUGAACAGAGAACCCCGUUUGUGGUGAAACAGUUUUGGUUCCAGUCUCAACAGGGCGGACUAGUUUAUAGCUGAUGCCAUCACGGGUCCAAGGUUCAAGGUACUGAAGCCGUUUCACGGGAAAGGUCAAAGGUUGCAGCGCACGUUGUCAGAGCUCGCGAUCCCGAAAAGUUGUAGCCUUGGUAUAUAUGGACCAGCCAAGUUGACGGCAGUGAAAUGGCAACUCGUGAAGAACAGUUCCAUUACAUCAACAAAGGGCAGGAGGAUGAACUGGAGUGCCAUGGGUUUAAGAGGGAUAAGGUGAAGACUUCAGUCACAGCUGUGUUUGCCCUGUGCACCCUGGGACUUCUGUUCCUGGUGUUCUACUGGAGGCCAGAGUGGUUUGUGUGGGCACAGUUUACAUCAUGUGCACCUGGGGAGGCUGAUGUGGUGCUGUUACGAACAAUGGAUGACUACCGGACUUGGAGUAAGGAGAGGGUCAACAUUGAAACCAAGGGCAGCAUGCAUCACCAGAUCUCACUGUUAGAAACUAGAUGUGAUGGUGACACACACCAGCUACAGGACCUGCCCACUCUGUCAGUAGACAGCAGUCCUGACAAACCUAUCAUCCAGGGGGGAGGGCAGUCUGAUGACCAGAGCUCACGUUACUUCAUUCAUCACUGUUUGAAGUAUGUGUGGAACGCAGAGAAGCAAACUUUUGAAAAAGUCAGGGGUUUGGACUCGGGGAUGCCAUGUUCAUUAUUCUACACAUUGCGGCAGGGAUUGUCUUCCCCGGAUCAAGAAAACCGGCGAUCCCUGUAUGGUGACAAUGCCAUCACAGUGGAGGUGAAACCCUACAUCAAGCUCCUGUUUUAUCAGGUGCUGAACCCAUUUUACAUAUUCCAGCUGUUCAGUGUUUGCCUGUGGAUGUCAGACGAGUACUACUAUUACGCUUCUGCUAUCAUUAUCAUGUCUUUAGGCUCGAUUGGCAUUUCACUCUACACUAUACGCAAGCAAAGUGAAAUGCUACAUCAAAUGGUGGAGUCCCACAAUACCAUGCUGGUCAAAGUCUGUCGCGAUGGAGAAGUCUGCUCAGAAGUCACCUCUACUGACCUUGUACCUGGGGAUGUUCUUGUCAUCCCUGCCAACGGGAUGUUGCUGCCCUGUGACGCUGCACUCAUCACAGGCAACUGUAUUGUCAAUGAGAGCAUGCUUACAGGAGAGAGUGUACCUGUCACAAAGACACCAGUGCCUCCCCAGAGUAGUGAUCUGUACUCACCGGAGGUACACCAGCGCCACACCCUGUUCUGUGGUACCCAGGUCAUCCAGACCAGGUACUAUGGAGGGGAGAAAGUUAAGGCUGUGGUUGUCAGGACAGGUUUUUCUACAGCUAAAGGAGAGCUGGUACGCUCAAUUUUGUUCCCCAAACCGCUCAACUUCAAACUUCUCACAGCAGCCUACAGAUUUGUGUCGGUUCUUGUUGGCGUAGCCAUGAUUGGCUUCACAUUUACUGUGGCGUGGAUGGCCCUGGAUGGGGAAUCAGUUGGAGAGAUCUUCCUGGAGGCGCUGGACCUCAUAACCAUCUGUGUUCCUCCUGCUCUGCCCUCAGCCCUCACCAUUGGCAUCAUUUAUGCCCAGAGGAGACUUAAAAAGCAAGGAAUUUUUUGCAUAAGCCCUGAGCGAAUCAACAUCUGUGGUCUGCUGGACAUGGUGUGUUUUGAUAAGACUGGGACCCUGACAGAAGAUGGGCUGGACCUGUGGGCAGUGGUACCAACCAAGAAUAACAGUUUUGCACCUGCCAUUCAAGAUGUAUCCCAACUGCCUUUGGGGCCAUUCCUCACUGCCAUGGCAACCACUCACUCCCUAACUGUGAUUGGUGGAAACCUAUCAGGAGACCCUCUGGACCUCAAGAUGUUUCAAGCUACAAAAUGGGAGUUGGAGGAACCAGGCAGUGAAGAGAGCACUAAGUUUGACAUGUUGGUGCCGACUGUAGUUCGACCUCCACAAACCAUGGUCCUGCUUCAUUCUCCUGAUAAAAGAGAGCACCCGUAUGAGGUGGGAAUUCUUCGUCAGUUUCCGUUCUCCUCCAGUCUUCAGCGCAUGAGUGUGAUGACACGUACCCUGGGGAGUGACCACAUGGUGGUGUACACUAAGGGUGCACCAGAGAUGAUCAUCCAGCUCUGCAAGCCUCACACCAUUCCAGCUGAUUUCUAUGAAGUUCUAAUGACGUACACAGAAAGUGGCUUCAGAGUUAUUGCUUUGGCAUGCCGGCCUUUGGAAAACAAAGUCAGGUUUUUACAGGCACAACGGAUGGAAAGGAAUGAAGUAGAGACUGACCUAACAUUUCUGGGCCUGAUGGUUAUGCAAAAUGCUCUCAAACCUGAAACCACACCCAUCAUUCACCAACUCAGGGAGGCCAACAUCAGAACUGUCAUGGUAACAGGUAAGGUAACCACACCCAUCAUUUACAACAUCAGAACUGUCAUGGUAACAGGUAAGGUAACCACACCCAUCAUUUACAACAUCAGAACUGUCAUGGUAACAGGUAAGGUAACCACACCCAUCAUUUACAACAUCAGAACUGUCAUGGUAACAGGUAAGGUAACCACACCCAUCAUUUACAACAUCAGAACUGUCAUGGUAACAGGUAAGGUAACCACACCCAUCAUUUACAACAUCAGAACUGUCAUGGUAACAGGUAAGGUAACCACACCCAUCAUUUACAACAUCAGAACUGUCAUGGUAACAGGAGACAACAUCCUGACAGCUGUGAGUGUAGCGCGGGAGUGUCGGAUGGUUUGUCCUGGUCAGCAGGUGGUAGAGGUCACGGCUCUUCCUCCUACCGACAGCACCCCUCCCAACAUCACCUACACAGUCUCCACUAAACACAUGGAGCCUCAAGAGGAGAUAAAGGGGGGAGAGAUUGCUGUACAAAUGCAGGAAGAUACAGUGGAUGUGGAUGACUCAGGUGACCAGUUCCACUUUGCUGUGAGUGGGAAAUCAUUUGCCAUCAUCAGGAAGUACUUCCCACAUGUUCUACCCAAGUUGGCUGUAGGUGGCACAGUUUUUGCCAGGAUGUCCCCAGACCAGAAGACACAGCUCCUGGAGGUAUACCAGGAUUUAGGGCACUAUGUUGGCAUGUGUGGUGAUGGUGCAAAUGAUUGUGGGGCUCUGAAGCGGGCCCAUGCUGGGAUCUCCCUGUCAGAGCUGGAAGCCUCGGUUGCGUCACCCUUCACCUCCAAGAAGAACGACAUUCAAUGUGUUUUGACACUCAUCAGGGAGGGUCGCUGUGCUUUGGUGACCUCUUUUGGUGUCUUCAAGUUCAUGGCUCUCUACAGCAUGAUUCAAUUCAUGUCAGUUCUCAUCCUGUAUGGAGUUUUUGCCAACUUGGGUGACACCCAGUACCUGUAUCAAGACUUGGUCAUAAUAACAACAAUAGCUUUUGUCAUGAGCCGUAACUCAGCAUAUCCAAAGCUGGUACGGCAGCGGCCACCAACUAGUCUCCUGAGGCCCCCUAUCCUGUUUUCUGUGAUAGUGCAGAUCGCCAUUCAGUUGGCUUUCCAGCUUGGGGCUUUCUACUUUCUACUAGCACAGCCCUGGUUUGUGCCAUGGGAAGACUACAGACUCUGUAAUGAUGGCAGCAUGAACGUCACAGUCAAUACAACAGACAUCAAUGCCACGGUGGGCCCCACCUUGAAACCCUGCACUGUGGACUAUGAAGAUGAAAGUGAUCAAGGAGUUUGGACCUAUGAAAGUGCUACAAUGUUUGGGAUAGCAACAUUCCAGUAUGCAACACUAGCCUUCGUCUUCUCCAAAGGAAAGCCAUUCCGACAACCUGUUCACACAAACUGGUUGUACAUGUUGGACCUGAUCAUCCUGACUGCUCUCAAUGUGUGGCUUUUGCUCUACCCAACUGAGCCUGUUGCUUAUUUUAUGGAGCUCUCCCAGUUUCCUGACUUCACCUUCCGCCUGUGGCUACUUGUUGGAGCUGCGGCAAAUUUUGUGAUAUCCUGGCUGACUGAGGUACUGUUAGCAGACAACAAUGCUCUCUGGAAGUGGCUAACGUCUUCUUACCACAAACACCACAAGAAGAAGUACCAGAUUUUGCGAGAGGAGCUCCUUUAUGAUAAAGACUAUGGCCUGCCAGUCGGGGUUAUACGUCCCCAAGGCACAGGAAAAGAAAUCAAUUCCAAUGUUGGUCAUGUUGGAGGUACACGUAGUGGAAGUAUUGAUGAAAGUGAUGAUAUGGAGAAUUCAACAUAUUUGUAACAUUUUGGAAUCAGCUGCAUCUGACUGUGGAUUUGUUUGGGUAUAUGAUGGCAGCAUCUAUUUUUACUUGCAUUUCUGUAAUACUGCUGUAAUGUAUUGUAACUGUCAUUUACUUAGAUCUGAUAUACAUUGAAAUUGUAAUGGCCGAGCCAAAAGAGCAAUUGUACUGAUUGAGUUUAACCAUGGGGACAGUUCCUAUUAGCUACUGUGCAGUACUGGUUGUUCCAGGAUGACAUUUGGUGUCUGCUAUUGACGUAUCUGUUUUUUUUCCCUUUCACUUCAUAUUUUUCAUGAAAAUAUGUAUGGACCAACAAAUAAAAUUGGUGUACGAAGUCAUUUUAUACAAUAUACCUAAUAUGAAAUAUGCACUGCCAGAUAUAAAAUUUCAUUGAAAUUUCUCAUUAAGUCAUCAUACAUCAUCAUGGCAUUUUUUUACAAUUUGAUUUUGAAUAUACAGCUAUGUUAAUGAGUGCAAUAAUGUUUUUGUUUGUUUUUUUUGUUUGUUGUUACCACAAAACAAAAAUGAUUAAAAAAUUUUCAAGCAAAAAAGAAUUCCAUCUGUAAAAUGAGGAAAGGCUAGAAUUGUCAUGAACACGUGUUGUAUAUAAUAUAUAAUGUAAGAUGUAAAAUAAUUAGCAUAUUUUUACUGAGGAAAUGUAAUAAUUUUACCAACACUCCACCCAUGACAUGUAAUUAGGACAGAGAUCUCUGCAGGCUCGUCUUCAAGUUGUUUUCACAAGAAGAUAUAGAUUUCAUCGACUUAUAGAUUUAAGUGAAAAAAAGAUCAGAAUGAUGCAUUUUGUUUCAAUUUGAUGUUACAGUAGUUAUUGAAAAAGUCCACUGAUAGAUACAACGUGCAUGUGCAUUUUGUAAAUACCCAUCAAGGGAAUCUUUCCCUUGCACUGAUUAAUACUGGUUGGCAUUCAGAAGCUGGGAUUUUGUGUACUAAUUUUGAGUAAGUCUGCUGGGUUCUCUUUUUUCUUCCCAAUUUGCAAACCUUGUUGUGAACUUGUGUGAUGUACGAAUGAGCCAGCCUUAAGUUUGAUGAAUGAUGCUGCAACUGGCUACACUCCAAUCAGAGGUUCGGCCAUUUUAGAUUUUGUUUUCUUAGGUAUCCUGGCCAAACAUCUCUGCUUGGAGAGUAGCGACAGACAUCAACAGGUAACAUACAGUCAGGCAGGUACUGUUACAGUAACAGAUCCGUGUUGAUGUGAAGCAAUACAAAUUUGAAGUCCAUCAAUAUCUCUUCACAUUCAAUGUGCCAUGUAAUGUCUUCUGUGAACAAAAUUUUAAGAGCAAAUGUCAGAUGAUAUUUAGUAAUAUAUAAGUGUGCAAUGUGAAAACAAAGUUGGUGGACGAUAUAUAAACUCCCUGGCACUUUUGAUCAAUUGCUUACGUCACGUAUCAGUGUUUGUAAACCGUAACUCUCGCGAGAUCACGUUGUGAAGUGAUUGGUCAUUAAUUAUCCUGAUGAAGGCGACAGUGGUCGUCGAAAAUUUGAUCGCUCUGUAACCCUUGUGUUGGAAUAAAGUUCAAUGUUUUACUAUUUAAGAA